GCCAAGACUGCUCGGUGGGCGCCUAGCGAGCUCUGUGACAGCGUGCCGGCAUCUCUUUGUUUGGUUGUUGCUUCCCCACCCCUCCGCAAAGCAAACUGAUUUUCGGUUUCGCGUGACACUGCGCGCUGGGACUUAGUGUGGGCCGCAGCCUCAAAUGCCCCUGGUUGGCAUCUUUGCGCGCGAGGGUGUCGCAAGCCGAGGCGGCGAGGACAGGGCGCCUCUGGCCCAGCCAGCCGGGCGGUAUGCGGCGCGGGCAACAGCGCUAAGCGCCCCCACGCUGGGCACGGGGCGUACUCGCUCCAGGCGGCUGGCCGGGCGGCGGCGGCGGAGGGGAUGCGCCCAGGACGCGCAAGGCUCCUGCUGCGAGCUACCGCCCCGAGGUGGACCCCAAGCAGGGCUCAUCGCAGGACCGCGCGGACCCCUGCCCCCCGGGGCACGCGGCUGCGGAGCCUCGGGGCCGCAUCUGCGGUCAGGAUGCCCUGGGUGCCUCUCUGCUGGUGAGGAUGCCCUGCUGCGCGGCUCAGCGUCCCCAGCCCCGGUCCCUGGUGGGCACGACUGAGUGGGCCCGACUUCGGCCCCUCGUGCUGGUCGAUGAAAAGCGCUGGAGUCCCUGAGUGCGAUCAGCGAUCGAAUCUGAGUUCUAAGAGCCAUGGACGAAGGCACCGGGCUGCAGCCCCAGGCGGGAGAGCAGCUGGAAGCACAAGCCACAGUAGGAGCUGUCCAAGAGAAGUGCGAACCAGAGACCUUUAGGUCCAAGAGUUUACCGGUCCUGAACAGCGCCUCCUGCCGGCCAGACCUGAGUCCUGCGCUUGCAGGAGCCAAGCCCUCCAUCGGCUCUUUGGGCCGUCAGGAGUUGAAACCAGGCCCAAGCGGGUUGGCCCCCAGUCCCUCCGCUCCUUCCACUUCGGCGGAGACGUCAGGGCUCAUGGAAUGUAACCACAGGGUGGAAGUCAGCAAAGCCGUGUCGGUGUCCUCCACUUUGGCCACGCUCCAGGGGAGAAGGUGCCUCUAUGUGGUCCUCACUGAUUCCCGUUGCUUCCUGGUUUGCAUGUGCUUUCUGACCUUCAUCCAGGCGUUAAUGGUCUCUGGGUACCUGAGCAGUGUCAUCACCACCAUCGAAAGGCGCUACAGUCUGAAGAGUUCCGAGUCGGGGCUGCUGGUCAGCUGCUUUGACAUUGGGAGCCUGGUGGUGGUGGUGUUCGUCAGCUACUUUGGCGGCCGGGGUCGGAGGCCCCUGUGGCUAGCGGUGGGUGGACUUUUCAUUGCCGUUGGGGCUGCCCUCUUUGCUUUACCUCACUUCAUCUCGCCUCCCUACCAGAUCCAAGAGUUGAAUGCCUCGGCCUCCAACGAUGGCCUGUGUCAGAAUGGCAACUCCACGGCGCCUUCCGAACCUCCCACCUGCCUGAAGGAUUCAGGAGGAAAUAAUCAUUGGGUCUAUGUGGCUUUAUUCAUUUGCGCACAGAUUCUCAUUGGAAUGGGUUCCACACCUAUUUAUACCUUGGGACCAACCUACUUAGAUGACAAUGUCAAGAAAGAAAACGCAUCCUUGUACCUAGCCAUCAUGUAUGUCAUGGGAGCACUUGGUCCUGCAGUGGGAUAUUUAUUAGGUGGACUUCUUAUUGGUUUUUAUGUCGAUCCCAGAAAUCCUGUUAACCUUGACCAGAAUGACCCUCGUUUCAUUGGAAACUGUUCUGAAGUAAAUCAGAGAUUUGGAAAGAAUGUCAGAGACCUACCAAGAGCAGCUGUCAGGAUCUUAAGCAACAUGACAUUCCUUUUUGUGAGUUUGUCAUACACAGCUGAGAGUGCCAUUGUAACUGCUUUCAUUACCUUCAUUCCCAAGUUCAUCGAGUCACAGUUUGGUAUCCCAGCUUCCAAUGCCAGCAUCUACACUGGUGUUAUUAUUGUCCCCAGUGCUGGUGUUGGCAUUGUCCUGGGAGGCUACAUUAUAAAGAAAUUGAAACUUGGUGCAAGAGAAUCUGCCAAACUAGCCAUGAUCUGCAGUGGUGUGUCUUUACUGUGUUUUUCAACCCUAUUUAUUGUUGGAUGUGAAAGUAUUAAUCUAGGAGGCAUAAACAUCCCUUAUACAACAGGACCUUCUCUUACCAUGCCCCACAGGAACCUGACAGGAAGCUGCAAUGUUAAUUGCGGUUGUAAAAUACAUGAGUAUGAGCCAGUCUGUGGAUCAGAUGGAAUUACAUACUUUAACCCUUGUCUGGCUGGCUGUGUUAACAGUGGUAAUCUUAGCACUGGGAUAAGGAAUUACACAGAAUGCACGUGUGUCCAAAGCCGGCAAGUGAUCACUCCACCUACUGUCGGGCAGCGCAGUCAGCUCCGUGUGGUUAUUGUCAAAACCUAUCUCAAUGAGAACGGCUAUGCUGUGUCUGGGAAGUGCAAACGGGCCUGCAAUACCCUUAUCCCAUUCUUAAUUUUUCUCUUCAUUGUCACCUUCAUCACAGCAUGUGCCCAACCAUCAGCCAUCAUAGUAACACUCAGAUCGGUAGAAGAUGAGGAGAGACCUUUCGCGCUGGGAAUGCAGUUUGUUUUAUUGCGAACACUUGCAUACAUUCCUACUCCAAUUUACUUUGGAGCAGUUAUUGACACCACCUGCAUGCUCUGGCAACAGGAAUGUGGAGUGCAAGGCUCUUGCUGGGAGUACAACGUGACAUCAUUUCGUUUUGUCUAUUUUGGUUUGGCGGCCGGCCUCAAAUUUGUUGGCUUCAUUUUUAUUUUUCUGGCCUGGUACUCCAUUAAAUACAAGGAGGACGAGCUGCAGAGGCAGAGGUGGAGAGAAUUUCCUCUGAACACAGUGAGCGAGAUGGUGGGCCACACCGACAACGCCAAUAAGGGUGCCCGGACUAGAUCUUGUCCAGCUUUCAGCAGCCAGGGGGAUUUCCCUGAAGAGACUGGUCUGCAGAAAGGGAUCCAGUACACAGCACAGACCUAUCCGGGGCCCUUCCCCGAAGCAAUAAGCUCCUCCCCAGACCCGGGGCUGGAAGAAAGCCCUACUGCCAUGUAGCCUCCCUCCUGA